AUGGCACAUAACAUAGCCGAGAGACUAUUGACAGAACGUCAUCGUUCAGCGGUGUGGAUCGUUACGGUUCGCAAGCGGCCGCAGCGUAGCUCAGCGGCCUCCCGCCCUGCGCCCGCCCCCCUGGCAGCAUCUCCCGAAACGACGUCGUCCCCGGCCCGCCCCCCCCAGAGCCCUCCACGGGAGGCCCCUCCCGGCUGCUCGCCAGGCGGGAGCCAGCCCACCGCAGGCCAACUGUACGAGGCGGUGCUGGGCGGCAAGAGCGCCACUGUGACCGUGGUCGACGAGUGGCUAGACAGCUACAAGCAAGAGAAGGAGGCGGGGCUUCUGGAGCUCAUCAACUUCAUUGUGCAGUGCUGUGGCUGCAGAGGGGUGGUGAGCAGGGACAUGUUCGAUAGAAUGCAGAAUGCUGAGAUCAUCAGCAUAUUGACCAAAGAGUUUAAUGAGGACUCGGUGAAGUACCCGCUGUCGUCCGCGGGAACGCAGUGGCGGCGCUUUCGGGCCGGCCUGUGCCAGUUUGUGAGCGUGCUGGUCCGCCGCUGUCAGAACAGCCUGCUCUAUGACGAGUACCUCUUCUCCUCCCUGCUGGCCCUGCUCACCGGCCUGUCCGACUCCCAGGUCCGAGCCUUCCGCCACACCAGCACCUUCAUCGCGAUGAAGCUGAUGACGGCCGUGGUGGAGGUGGCGGUGGUGGUGUUCACUCAGACUGAGACGAUCCAGCGACGCUACGAACUGGAGCGGGACAAAAGGGCGGAGAGCCGGGCCCAGGAGCGUCUGGAGGAGCUGCAGGCCACGCUCAGAGAGCUGCUGGAGCACCAGGAGGAGCUGCGGAGCCUGAUGAACGCCGUCUUCAAGGGCGUGUUCGUCCACCGCUACCGCGACCGCGUCCCGGAGAUCCGGGCCGUCUGCAUAGAGGAGAUGGGGGCCUGGCUGAGGGACAACGCGGCCGCCUUCCUGAAUGACGGCUACCUGAAGUACCUGGGCUGGACCCUGCACGACAAGGUGGGCACGGUGCGUCUUCAGUGCGUUCUCGCACUGCAGGGUCUGUACCAGGAGAGCGACUUCAUUGGCCGCCUGGAGCUCUUCACCAAUAGGUUCAAGGAGCGGAUGCUCUGCAUGGUUUUGGACAAAGACAGUGACGUGGCGAUGGAGGUUAUUCGGCUCCUGCUGCUACUUCAACAGAAGACAGAGGAGGGUUUGUCAGAGGAGGACUGUUCGCGUGUGUACCCGCUGGUCUACGCUUCACACCGGGGGCUCGCCUGUGCGGCCGGGGCCUUCCUCUGCCACAAGUUGGGCAAGGAGAGCCAGGAUGGAGAGGUGGAGAGUUACAGAGCCAGCUUCCUCAGUCUCCUUGUCUCCUUCUACAUACAGAGCAAGUUCCAUGAACACGGGGCGUACCUGGUGGACAGUCUGUGGGGCAGCGCAGGGGCGGAGCUUAGGGACUGGGAGGCGAUGACAUCAUUACUGCUACAGGAGAAGGGGCAGGACCAAAGUCUGAAGGAUGAGGAGGAGGGGGCUCUGAUUGAGCUGAUGAUGUGUGCAGUCAGACAGGCGGCUGAGAUCCGCCCCCCUGUGGGGAGGGGCCCCCCCAGCAAGAGGAUUCUCAGUAUGAAGGACAAGAAAGCCCAGGCCCAGGACAGGAGACGCCUCACCUCCCACUUCAUCCUGGUGCUGCCACAGCUGUUAGCCAAGUACUCAGCAGACGUGGAGAAAGUGAGCUGUCUGCUCAAGGUUCCGCUGCACUUUGACCUGGAGGCCUACAGUAGCACAGGCCGCCUGGAGAAGUACCUGGACCUGCUGCUCUCUCAGCUGUGCGGGAUCGUGGAGAAGCACGCGGAGGAGGGCGUGCUGGACGCCUGCGCCCGCGUGGCCAGCGCCCUGUGCUCCGACCGCUACACCUUCUCCGCCCGCGCGGGCCUGCGCGUCGGACAGCUGCUGGACGCUCAGGUGGACAGAUUCACCUCCCAGCUCAACGAGCUGCUGCAGGGCAGUGCGGAUGAUGAUGAGAUCUACAGUGCAGCCAGCACCCUGAAGAGGAUCUCUGCCUUCAGCAGUGCAAAGGACCUGACCAGCUGGCAGCUGUUUGAGCCUUGCAUUCAGAUCCUCAAGUGUGGAGUGGAGUCAGCAGACAUCAGCAAAGAGCUGAUGGUUCCUGCACUCAAAUGCGCCUCUUUCCACGUCCUCUGGGAGAAAGUGAGGUUCAGCAGCUCCACGCCCACCAAGGCAGAGCAGAGGAAGCUGAAGCAGGAGCUGCAGUCUCUGUUUGCUCUGUGUCAGAGCUGCCUGUCGCUGGCUGAAGCAGAUAUCAGGGACCAGGCCUUUCUGUUGCUGUGUGACCUGAUGCUGGUGUUCAGUGUGGGGGUGUCUGGCCUCCCGGUCGAUGCGUCUCUGCGUGCUGAAAUGGCCUCCUUCCUGCUGGACUACAUCUUCACGGACCCCGAGGACGACCCCAGCAACGAGGACGAGGAGCUGGAGAUGGCGAAGAUCGCAGCCCUGCAGCGCCGUCGGAACCAGCUGGCAGGGUACUGCAAACUGGUGAUCUACGGAGUGAUGGAGCUCCGCUCCGCCUCCGACAUCUUUAAAUACUACAGCAAGUUCUAUCGGGACUACGGUGACAUCAUCAAGGAGACUCUCAGCAAGUCCAAGAUCAUCAGCCAAGUAGAGAGCGCCAAGACUGUGUGUCUCUGCCUUCAACAGCUGUUCUCGGAGUGCCCACACUCCGACGGGGAGGGGGAGCUGGAUCGGGGGGUGCAGGAGCUGAGGGAGAUCAGGGAGCUCGCCCACCGGCUGGCCAUGACCUUCGGCAUCGACCCACAGAGAGUCCGCAAGCCACUGCUGUCCGUGCACGAGGACGGAAUCAGCUUCGCCUUUCAGGGUGCGGGGCAGAGGGACAAGCCUCCCCCGAACCUGCUGUUCCUGGAGGUCCUGAGCGAGUUCAGCUUCAAACUGGUACGACAGGACCGCGCCCAACUGCUGGCCGCACUAAAGCGUGUGUGUCCCACACCCCUCCCGGUCUGGCCGUCCCUCCUCAUGUACCAGCGCUCCCUGCGGGGCGGGGCCAGGGGGCACGAGGGGGAGGAGCCUGAAGCCACACCCACGCCGAAGCGCAGGAGGACCAUGGCCGAGGGCUCUAGCCCUCCGGAGGGGGUGUCCCUGGACAGGAGCGGCCUCUCCAGCAGCCUGCCCACCCCGACUCUGACCUCCACCAUGCUGAGGCGGCCGUCCAGGGCCCAGCUGCUGCCCGGCAAAGAGGGCCCCUCUGAACCACAGUCUGAGGACGAGUUCACCGAGAGUCCACUGAUUCGUCGGAGAGUGCAUCAAUCAUCUGUGCCCCGGGCCGCCAGUCCCGCCUCUGCACAGAGUGACCUGGACUCCCACCUCAACCUACUGUCCCUGAUUGAAGAGGACGAGGAGGAGGAGGAGGAGGAGGAGGAGGAGGAAGAACCAGAACCAGAGAUUGAAGACUUUCCGAGCGAUGAGUCAGACCAGGAGACGCAAGUGACCCUGCCUUCUACCCGCCGGUCCAGCAGUUACCUGGAGGGCUUGUUUGACUGAGAGACGGGGGGAUGCACCAGCAGACCCAGCUGUUCAUCUUAAGCCCACACUAGUCCACAGGCAGCCACAUUCUACACUUUCUGUUCCCGAGUUACAACUUGACUUAUUAUUCAUGUGUAAAUAGAAAAAGUUUCUUCAAAGAACGUUUCAUUAUUAUUCAACCGUUAUCAUCAACCGAGCAACGUUCUUGCUACUCGGCUUCUCUUAGACCCACGGUGAGGUUGUUCAUGCUGUUUAUUUCUGGGCUAAAACUCAGCUAAAACGAUUUUUGGUCACUACAGAAUAACCGCAAACCAGAGAAAAUGGCACAGCAAUGUUACUUGACUUUUAUUAGAAAUGUGUUCAGACUUUCUAUGGUGUUGUUUUGAGGUCAUUUCAGAUAUUUUGCCGGUAUGGAAAGCCUGAGAAUAACGGUCAAGGAAAUUGAGACUAGCUAACAGUAAUGUUGAGGAUUAUACAAUUAAGAUGACACUAGCAUUGCAAAGCUAAGGCUUACACACAGUUAAAUACAAACAAAGCGUAAGUUAAACAGACAAGCAAAACAAACUUGAAAUUGGCACAUACCAAAGCUUUGGCUCUUGUGCACAGCGAAGCGAAGUUUAGCACAUAGUUAUGUUAUGUUAAAUUUUAGCGGUAGUUGAAAUCACUGUGGGUGUGAGAUUAUUGAAUGUUUGUUCACCUCAUCUGACCACCUUUCGCAAUCUUCCCCUCAUGUGUUCAAUUAUUCACCCAUUUCAGUAAAUUCACUAAAGCUUCAAAAUAAAAGCAUUUUCUGAAAGUA